AUGGAUACCAAAAGAUCAGAACUAGCGGAACACAUCGCACGGACUCGAAACGAGAUCAAUUGGAGGGCAACAGAAAGAAGGACCCAAUAUGGUGACAGCAAAAGGAAGCAGAAGUUUAGGAAGGCCAAUGACAUCCUUGGGGAGAAAAAUCUAAUGAACAGGAGAUUGGAGGAAGGUAAAGUUAGCGAGUGGCUAGCGUGUCAAGCUCCCAUCCUGCACUGUCGCAGUUCGACUCCCGCUGAGGGUGUUCAUAUGACCGAUGCGAGGUCGAAACUGCAGUCCACUUUGGAUGAGAACAACUUUUGUAAAGCAAGGCUAUGUAAAAUUCAAUGGAAACCUCAGCUCUAG